AUGGCCUUAGAUGGAGACAUUUUUAAAUUUCAAAACAGCACUCCGUUUGAAAUCUCUGAAUGGACUCACAAUACGGUGAGGGAAGCGGUUCUCGAAUUACUGCGAGAAAUAUCUCAAAGCAAACUCUCAAAGCUGUGCCAAAUAUCUCAGUCGCUUCUGUCGAGUAUUGUUAACAACAAAUUUGAGGGAAAGAUCGGCAAAAAGAAAUGCGAAGAAUUCGGCAAAUGGUAUACCGAUUAUAGGAGAGGACAUCCCUCCCAAAAGUUGAUAUCUUUAGAGAGACUUUUUUCCGCACAAAAGACCGUUUGUGGCGUUAGUUCUGAACCCAAGAGAAGGGAUAAUAGAAGUGAAGAGAAGAGUGAAGAAGAAAAGGGCACAGAAUUGGACACAAGUCUUACCCAAACGACGAGUCAAAGCUGUGAAACGAGAUUAACGUUUCAUUCAGGCCUAGAAGUGCCGCAAUUGAGACAAUGGUUUCGCACUAAUCCUAAACCAUCGGAUCGACUGCUCCUUAAAUAUGCAGAAAUACUGAAUCAAAGCUCAUUACGACUCGAAAGUUACGUUAAAAUCAUUGAAGAAUUGGUGGAAAAAUGA